AUGGCCAGUAUUAUGAAACGAAAUAAAGUUAUCAUAGAAGUGGUGACCCCCUCCUCUAAGAUUGUGGGUGAUCUGGCUCAGUUCAUGGUGCAGAACUCUCUCUCCCGGGCUGAGGUAGAAGAGAGAGCAGACGAGCUCUCCUUCCCUCUGUCUGUUGUGGAGUUCCUGCAAGGACACAUUGGAAUACCACACGGAGGAUUCCCUGAGCCCUUCCGGUCAAAGGUGCUCAAGGCAUUGCCUCGUAUCGAAGGUCGUCCAGGGGCUUCACUUCCACCGAUGGACUUCGAGGCUCUUGAGUCUGAUCUGCGAAUGGCACAUGGUAAUGAAAUAACUCCUGAAGAUGUGAUGUCGGCAGCCAUGUACCCUAAAGUCUUCCAGGAGUUCAAAGAGUUCACAUCAAACUUUGGCCCAGUGGACUGCCUUAACACUCGCCUGUUUCUGGAUGGCCCCAAAAUCGCAGAGGAGUUUCAGGUUGAGUUGGAGAGAGGGAAAACGUUGCACAUCAAAGCCUUGGCCUUGGGUGACUUGAACAAGUCAGGUCAGAGAGAGGUGUUUUUUGAACUCAACGGCCAGCUGCGUUCAGUCUUGGUCAAGGAUACGGCAGCAAUGAAG